UGAGAUCAGGACAACUGGAAGAGGACAAUAUCUCACUAUCACUUUCAUGGUCUUUUUAAAUCUAUCAAAGAUAAGGAUAAUCCUCUUCUAUUAUUCUCUUCCUAUUUAUAGUUUCCCAGCAAUAUUUACCAUGUAAUGCCACCUCCGGUUGUGACCUCAUCUGUCAUCCUUGUAAGGCUGUAAACUCCACCGCCUGCUAUAAAAGCAAGACUUUCAAGAACACAAUAGCCUGUACAAAGAGGAAGAAAAACCAAGAUAAAAUCUUCAUCAAGUUCUUAGUUCAGAAGGGAUGGUUAGCUUAGAAGAAGAAAGGCUGGUUCAAAUGGUACAUGACUUCAUAGAAUCAGAAUCAUCAACACCACCCAUAUUUCCUGCUUCCUCAAACUGCCUUUCAAUCAACCAAGCCAGGUGUUUUACUUUACAGGAGAUACUCGGGAGAGUAACGGAAGCUGAGACUAAAGUUCUUGAGACUCUAUUGAAGCAUAUGAGAAGCAAAAAUGAUGCAGAGAAAACAACCAGUUUGAAGAUGUGGCUCCUGAAGAGGCUGAAAAUGGAUGGUUUUAAUGCUUCCAUUUGUCGAACUUCUUGGGCCACUUCCUUAGGAUGCCCUGCUGGUGCUUACGAGUACAUUGACAUCACAUUGAAAGGUGAAAAUGGUGACACAGUGAGGCUCAUAGUGGACAUAGACUUCAGGUCCCAGUUUGAACUGGCAAGACCAACACCAUUCUACAAAGAACUAACAGACACACUCCCAUCUUUUUUUGUUGGCAGUGAAGACAAGCUCAGCAAAAUCAUCUCCCUGCUCUGCUCAGCUGCCAAACAGUCUCUUAGAGAGAGAGGGCUCCAUGUGCCCCCAUGGAGGACUAGCUCAUACAUGCAGUCCAAAUGGCUAUCCAGGUGUUGCAAAGUCACUAAUGACAGUAACAUUGGUUACAGCAGCAGAGAAAAUGGUGAAGCUAAAAAUGGCUCACGUCAUGGGUAUAGCAGUCUGUGGACACCUCCAAUGGUUAAGCCCAAGAUAAGGGGUCUAGCUUGUCUAGUCAGCUCUCCAGCGUGGGCAUAAAUUGUUGCUGACCGUGUUUUUGCUGCAACCCAGUUUCUAAAUUUGACAGACUGAUAGAUUAUUGAUCAUAACAGCUUGAGUUUUCUGAGGAACUUCUUGUAAUGUAAGGGAGAUAUUUGCAAGAAUAAUACAUUGUGCUACUGUUAAUUCCCAA